AACUGUCGGAAUCGAACCUCAACAAUAGAAAAAACAUCGAAUUCAAUAAUCAUCAGGGAUUCAAGGAGUUCGUAGAAUGUCUGAAGCACGAAAUCCGAGUGGAGCUCAUCGAAAUCGUCACCACCAUCACUCGACCAAGCAGAAGAUAAAUGUCGGAGAUAAAGGUCGUGAAGUUCUAGAGAGCAUCGACGAGGCCAACCCAGUGAUCCAGCAAUUUCGAGGAUAUUCCUUGGAAUUGGACUCCAAACAUGAUCGUUACGAGAGAAUCGUAAAGAUCAACCGAGACAUCACCAUCGAAAGCAAGCGAAUAAUCUUCCUUUUGCAUACGAUUGACAAGGACUCGAAACGAGAGUCCAUCCUCACCGAGGCAAAGAGUCGAAUAUCGACCUUGAGGAAUUCAUUAUUCAAGGGAAUAGCCUGUGAGCUCGAGGGCCAAGACCCUUACCAAUUUUUGAGGGCAUAUCGAGGAGGACUGCAGGAGUUCAUCGAGGCUGUGACAUUUUACCACUACCUCUCAGACAAUUCCCUCCCUCACUGGGAGACAUUCGACCAAACAUUCCAGUACAGAAUCCCAGAGACAGGGGAGUCAACUCCAAAAGAUCCAGUCAGAACUGUGAGAACGCUUCUGCCCCCAACGGAGUACAUUCUUGGAAUUGCUGACCUCACUGGGGAGUUAAUGAGAAAAUGCAUCAAUAAUUUAGCCUCUGGGGAUAUUGCCAGCUGUUUUCAGACCUGCAACGUCGUCAGGGAGAUGUACAAGGGAUUUCUAGUGUGCUAUGGAAUCGCUGGCAAGGAGAUCAACCAAAAAGUCUACACGUUAAAACAGAGUUUAUGGAAAAUGGAGAACGUAUGUUACAUGAUUAGAGUCAGGGGCUCAGAGAUUCCUAAGCACAUGUUGGCAGAAGUGGCCAUCAGUGCUGCUGGAAAGUAUCCAACAGAAGAUGAUGAGGGAUAUCAAGGAUUCUAAGGAAGAUAAAUGGGUAAAUGGGGAAAAGCUACGAGUAAUUAUUGUCUAAAAAUCAUUCAUGUUUUGUAAAUGUGUGUAUACCAGGUACGAUUUUUACAAUACGAAGCUCUUUCUAUCAGAUUUAAAAA